AGCUUUGCUGUGUAACAAGAGCACACGCGUGUCAGUUUUGUGUAUUAUUGAGGUGUGGCAGGUGCCUAACUUUCAUAUUGAAGGAAUAUGCACUGUAGUCUCUGAUCUUUUUGGAUUACAAAAAUGACUUGAUUCUUUGAGUGGAACUGGACAAGAGAACCCAAGGAGUUACUGUCUGAAAAAAUACCUACCAAAAAGUGACCCACUGACCCUCUCAUCCAUUUAACCAUGACACCAAAACCUCCCCAAAUAAAACCCACUAAAACAAGCCCUCACACCAACAGCACAACAGCUGCUCCUGGGUUCCUGCCCUCCAUACUGGACAAAAUUCCUUUGCCAAGAUGGGCCAUCUAUACUAUAAUCGCUGCCGUCAUCCUGCUGGUUCUGAUCUGCGUGGUGUGCUGCUGCGUAAAAUGUUGCUGCAAAGGGAAAAAGAAGAGGAAGAAAGUGGAACACAAGAUCAGCAUGAAGGGGAUGUCAGGGACCACCACCACAGCACUGGUGCAGCCUGGUGCAGAUGAUGUUGAAGGAGGUUCAACCAAUAAGCAGAGAGGAAAACUGCAGUACUCACUUGAGUUUAAUGCAUCCAGAUCAGAGCUGAAGGUGGGAAUAAAAGAAGCGGCUUCAUUGAAAGCAAUGGAUUCGGGCGGAACGUCUGACCCUUAUGUAAAGGUUUAUAUCCUCCCCAGCAAGACCAAAACAUGUGAGACCAAAGUCUUCAGAAAAACGCUUAACCCUGCAUUCAAUGAACAAUUUAAAUAUCAGAUCCCUCAGAAAGAGUUGGUUGAGUCCACACUAGUGAUGCAGGUGUAUGACUUUAACAGAUUCUCCAAACAUGACAUCAUCGGCGAGAUCAGAAUGAAUCUGUCCACUGUGGACUGGAAUCAUGUGAUUGAGGAAUGGAGCGAUUUGACUGAAGCAUCCAAAAAUGAGCAAGAACAUCUGGGAGAUAUCUGCUUUUCUCUUCGCUACGUCCCGACUAGCAGUAAACUUACUGUGAUCAUACUUGAAGCCAAGAACUUGAAGAAGAUGGAUCAUGAUGGUUUUUCAGAUCCGUAUGUCAAAGUUCAGUUGAUUUUGGAUAAAAAGAAGUGGAAGAAAAAGAAGACGUCGGUGAAGAAACAAACACUCAAUCCCUACUUCAAUGAAUCAAUCACAUUUGAAGUGUCUUUUGAACAAAUUCAGAAAGUUCAGCUUGUCAUCUCAGUGUGGGACCAUGACAAAAUGAGCAAGAACGAUGCGAUUGGUAAGAUAUACCUGGGCUGCGAUGCUACAGGAAACCAGCUGCGACAUUGGGCAGAUAUGCUGUCUAAUCCACGCAAGCCUGUUGCUCAGUGGCACACGUUACUGUCUGCUGAACAGGUGGACACCACGCUGGCCCUGAAACACACAUUAAAGAUCCCAUUUAUAAAUAAAACCUUCUGAAAACCAGGUCUAGCAAACCAUUCCUUUAUGUUAUAACUACAGCACUUACAAAUUCAACAGACGUUCUGCAAGCUGACCAGAUCGUGGACCGAUAAGAAUAUGUAUUUUUUUCAACGCUUUUAUUAGGGCUGGGGCGGUAUAUCGCGAUUCAAACUAAUUAUACCUGUCUAAGGCGAUUGUGAAAUCUUCGAUUCUGUGUUUUAUGCGCACUUCUUCCUCUUUGAUCAGUAGGAAGUAAUUUACUGCUCAAUCUAAAAUCAUUACGAGAUUGAGUCGUUUAUAACGUGCAUUUGAAAAAGCCACACUGGUCAAACAUCAUCAUUAUAAAUAUAUUUUAUUAUCAUGAAAAUACCUUAAAAGGUUUGAAGAAAAGCGAUAGAACAUGACCAUUGGAAUUUCCUGGAACUAUGUGCAUAAAACAUACUUCUUCUGUGGCCCGUGUUCGUAGUUUCUGCGCGAGAGCGCCCUCUGGCUUUCGGGUGUGGCGGCAUUUAACCCUAAUUAAUUGAGAAACUGAGCAUAAGAAUUGAAUGAUAUAUCGUCCCAGCCCUUUAUUUUAGUUGUCUGUAUUUUAUCAGUGAAAUGACAAUAUUUGCACAGGUGGUGAUCUUUAAAGUAUUUAAACAAGGUUUGUUUGGUAACUGACUGUUGUGUGGAUGUUAUAUACUAUACAAAAAAAGCAUUUAGUCAAAGUACUUUUUGUCCAGGGCCAUCGCCAGAAUGUACAGAACGGGGGGGCAUUUCGUUUUCAUAGCGGGCAUUCUUUUUAUGUUCUUCAGAUAUUCACCAAAAUAACAACCUGUAUAGUAUUUGAGAGAACCAAGCGCUGGAGAUUUGCAGUUAAAACAUUGAUUAGGCUAUUACGUGAGAGAUGUUACAUCAGUAAGCAAGACUCUAUUUUUACAGAUCGACAGAUGUUCAUUCGUCUUUAUUUUUCGAUAUAAUGCGUUUGUAAGACCCAUCUUGAGUCUAACAUACGCACACACUUUAAAGAGCAAAACAGCAUUUGAUGUUUGAAGUGGAUUAAAAUGACAUCAUUUGGAAAUGAACAAAUACUCAUUAUUACUUUAGACUUUGAAGUGUUAGUGUGCACCGGACGUGAAGCGCAGCACCGCAUCGCGUCUACAACUCAACAGGUACACCGGACGCGUACAUUUAGCAUCCGCUAUAAGUCUACUCUUGGUGCAGCAUGGGCCACUUUUAACGAUUUUGGGUUUGUUGAAAAACUUUUAAAUGUUUUUACUUUGGCAAAUUCCGGUGAGCGACCUCUGUAGCUCAGCACGACGCAGACCACGGGCAUUAACAGGGAGGAACACGCCGAUGCUCAACAGGGCUCAGCGAAAGAUAGAGGGCCGGUGCUGUGCUGAUUGUGGAAUCAAAUGGUAGAAUAAACAUAGAGACUAUUUCGCGCGUUGAUUUCAUUUAUUCGCGUCAGUGGGUUUAUUUGAUUUAAAGUUACCGUUGCAUAAAUAGAUGAUUGUUUCUUAAAGCUAAAUACUGUUGGUUACGUUUGAGUAUGUAAACUGUAAAAUGCACAAAAGUUCGUCCAAUGCCCCCCCGGGCCUGUUUUUGUCUAAUCACAUUCUGAAAUAUUUUAUUACCUCACUUGUUUAUUUGUUUAGUGUAUUGAAAGUGCAAUGUUUUGAUUCUUGAUGAAAUUAUGUCAUUAAUCAAGCUCUAUUUUGAAUGUUUUUUGAUUGCUGUGCAAAGGCAUAUUUUCUUCUUCCUAUCCUGGAUUUGUAUUAAGAGAAGUUUAAAAUAAACUUGUAUUGUUUGUGUAUUUUAUGGAGACAUUUUAAACCAGCUUAGCCUUUUCUGAACCUUUUCUGGUUUUGAAGCUUGAGAGAUGAAAUGAUCAUAUGUGAAGUGCUGUGGUUUUAAAAAUCUGCACACACACACACACACACACACACGCACGCACGCACACACACGCAAGCAAAUGUACAGACACUGAUUUCUCUUGUGAUUUCAUUGCUCACGAGAGAAGGGUGUGAACAGCAGUGUGUCAGCACACAAGUGGCCCAAUUACAACACUUUAAUGAGGUUUCUAUGAGUUUGGGCAAUUGUACAGAAUGCUUUAAAUGACAGAGAACUCAUUAGGUGCUUCUGCACAGUCAUGUUUUAAAUGCUCCGAUACGUCAUUUAAAAUGAUCUGAGCUUCUGUGUUUUCAAUCCUCUUGUUAAGCUCCAGUUAUUUCAAGUGAGGUAACUAUUUAUAUCACACAUUUACACAAACUUUUACAAGCUCACGAUGUACAAUACAGUCUCACAGAAUCUCCAAAAUCAAUAUUUUAAUAAAUUGUAAAAAUGAUCCGCUAUCUGGACAUCUGGAUUUUGUUAUGGACAUAAAGGCUAGAAUCGUGUUUUUUAUAGUUUUACAGCAAACCAUCAGUGUAUAUCAACAUGUUUUGUUAAUUUUCUUAUGGCGUAUGAUAUAAGGCUUGGACUGGGAAACGGUAUAUGACCUUCCACACAUGGUGGUGCGUGACGUCAGGCUUCGAAAGCAGAUAUGCACAUGGACACUGAAAAGUAACAUGGGUUACUUUUGUAUUUUUGUGUGUUCUUUGUCUGAAGAAAUCAAAAGCUUUGAAAAUUUUCUUUAAAAAAGGGGGGUUUGUUGAACAUUCCUGUUGAAAAU